GCCGCUGAAUUUUGUGGCGCUCUGAAGCCACUUCCUGGUCGACAACGCGGUGGCCGAAAUCGUUGCUGGCAUCUUGGUACAUUAUUUAGUGCCGAGUUGGCUUGCUCGAGCAGGGUACUGAAAGUGCUACAGUGACAAAGAUCUUUUUUCGGCCUUGACCGCCUCACAAAAUUGCUCCAAAUCGACUUUAUGGGCGAGGGCAUGACUUUAGUUGGCACAGAUCUUGGCCGAAGGACUUUGUCGAAGCGCCGACUAUUCACUCUGCCGUCCUCUUGCCCUUGUUAUGUUGUUUUUUGACUACUAGGGUGGACUAGCAAAAGCAGAAAACACAGCGAGAAGUCAAAUCUCAAAAGAGUUCAAAACCCAAACAGGGACAAUGGCUUCCAACUCCGACGUGCAGUAUGUUGCGUACCUCAAGGCCAAGUUUAAUCUCGAAGACGCCGAUCUCUUGCAGGUGAUAUCGUUGUCCCAGAGAAGUGACCCUAGACCGGAAGGAGGCGGCGAUGAGGAGGAAGUAGUAGAAGAGGAGGAGGAGGAAGAAGAAGAAGUGAUUGAAGAAGAGACCUAUGAAGAGGAGUUGAAGACGCCAGUUAAUCGCUUAGAUUCGAGUGGGUACGAGGAAGUCAUAGAGGACGGCUAUGAAGAGGAAGAGUAUAUGGAUGUUAGCAUGGAAGAACAUGUCGUGGACGAAGAUGGGGAAGCCAAGGCAUUGACACCUGUUCCGGCGCCACUUCCACUGCUGGCACCAUCGCCGGACCCCCCGGAUGAUGAACUUCCUGCAUUGGAAGCUCCUCCUCCUGAAUCAGAUGCCUUGGUAGUAGCCCCUGCACCAGGGUCUCAGGAAAUUGUAGAGGCCGCAACUCCUGCUGGAGCCUUGGCAGCUACUGCCGAUGCCAUGGUUGAAUAUGAAGAAGCUCCUGAAGAUGAGCAGCAGGAGUAUGCCCAGUCAGUAAGGAUGCCAGAAACGGUUGCAUCCGACCCUAAACCUAAGUUUCCGGGAUCAGUGGUAGAAUCUGUGGCACAGGUGAAGGAGGAGCCCCCAGCUGACGAACAAGUCGAAGCGAUAGAACAACAAAAGGUUCAAGAGGAUGUCCUGGCUAUUCAGAACCAAGAGAAUGCGUUAGCCAUUGAAGCUGAACCAGAGGAGGUGGAUCCUAACGCUCUUGCAAUCGUUCCGGCCAAGCCAACAACAAUGGUGCCGGCAGAUGAAGAGGCAGGGAUGAAAGAUGCCGCUCCACCGUUGCUGGAGGAUAGGGAUGACGAGAAGGAAGGCAACACCACGCUGGUCGCCGUGGCUGCCAUCUGUGUCCUAUUGCUAAUUGGUAUUGCGGUCGUUCUGAUCCUCAUUUUUGUAACGGGGACAAUUCCCAAGUUCUGGGAAGAAAACUCGCCGGUGGUGAUGUCGCCCUACCAGACUGACUGCAAUUUUGAAGGGCAAGCACAACCUAAUGUCGUUUCUCAAUGCAACUGCAAUAGUCAGGUGACAACAGUGGCAGACUAUACGCGUUCGAGAUAUGAAACACUCAGCACAGAGUUCAUUGUUCCAAACGUCUAUUCGAGUUGGAGCUUCCCCAUUGAAUCAUGCGAGCCGGAGAAUCAGGCCUUGCUUUGGCUGUCUACGGGACCAGCAAUCACUGACAAUUUGGUCUUGACGCAGCGAUUCACUCUGGCCCUCUUUCACUAUUCAACGACUGGCACUGGCUGGAGAACGACGACCAACUGGAUGUCAGACACUUCUGAAUGCAACUGGUUUGGCGUAACAUGCUCAGGCUCAAAUCUUCAACAGAUUGAGCUGGUUCAAAACGGAGUCAACGGAGCGAUCCCUAGCGAGCUCGGCCUCAUGACUCAGCUUAGCACCCUUUCGCUUGACCAAAAUACCGUCAAAACGCCAAUCCCAUCCAACCUUUUCUCCUUGGCAUCUUUGCGAACGCUGACUCUGGGAAUGAACCAGCUCACAGGAAGCAUACCUACAACGAUUGGGCUGGCUACCGGACUCGAGAAUUUGCGAUUGAAUUCCAAUCUAUUCCGGGGUACCAUCCCUACAGAGUUGAAUUUGCUGACCAGACUUCAGUCCCUGAGCCUAGAGGCAAACAACGAUUUGACGGGACGCAUCGCUACGGAAUACGGUCGUUUCACGAAUCUUCAAUCCUUGUCGUUGUCCAACACCAAGAUACGGGCCGUAAUCCCAUCCGAGUAUGGAAGUCUGGUCAACCUGCAAGAGAUCAGGAUUGCCAACACUCGUGUUGGUGGGCGAAUCCCAAUUCAGUUUGGACAGCUGUCCAGACUCACCAUUGUUGACUUUACAGGAAGCAGAUUUCGCAAGGGAGUGCCAACCACCUUUGGUAAUCUUAGUGAUUUGUCCGCUCUUAUGCUGGGUAACAACGAGCUCGAAGGUUUGAUCCCCUCUGAGCUUGGAACCCUGAACCAACUACGAUCCUUGGAACUUCAUAACAAUACCUUCUUCGGAGCUCUUCCAAGCGAGCUGGGAAAUCUUGCAUCGCUCGAUACAUUGACCAUACAAGGCAACCCCGAACUAACGGGUCACCCCCCAGAUCAGAUUUGCUUGCUAAGUCAACAAGCCUCCUUGGCGAACUUUACGGUUGACUGUCCAACCCGAGACUUUGGGGUAGUGUGUCCCAUACCAACCUGUUGUUCUGCUUGUGUCGGCAUUCAAAAGGAUGACACAGCGGCACCAGAACCAGUGCCAUAGCACGGCAGCUAUAGCUGUUGCGAUACCGACAACGGCGGUGUAUUAUAACAACUUGUUGUGGUGACAGUAGAAAGAAUCGGAAGCAUAUAGUAUUCAUUUUCCAUGAUCUUGCGAUGGAGUUGAUGUGCUACCGUAUCCAUGCAGACUACUACCAGUAGCUAGGAGUCGCU